AUGGCGCUUUUGGAGAAUCCCGAAAUUGCGACUAUACCGCAAAGCACCUACAUCACACAGGCGACGGAGCCAUUCAAAGGGCCUUCGGUGACAAUUGAAAGUACCACCGAUGAAAUAACAUCCAAUAAAGCAGCUCCAAAGUCUAAAUUUGAGCUGGAAGAGCACCCCGUUGAUCAAGUGAGGCCCAUUAAGGUGGGCAUCAUUGGUGCUGGUCUCUCGGGAAUCACUGCUGGGAUACUACUUCCUGCCAAGCUGCCUGGUCUGGACCUUCGUAUCUGGGAUAAGAACGCGGACGUGGGAGGUACAUGGUUCGAAAAUACGUACCCUGGUGUGAGAUGCGACAUUCCCGCCCAUGCUUAUCAAUCGGUCUUUUCACCCAACACACAAUGGACAGAAGAGUUUGCCCAAGGUGCAGAGAUCAGAGAUUACUGGCAAGGCGUAGCUCGCAAGUACAAUGUGUACCAGUAUCUGCGCCUACAACAACAAGUACAAAAAGCAGAGUGGCUUGCUGAAGAAGGAAAAUGGAAAGUCACUAUCAAGCACGUAGAUGGCUCAGAGAAGGUCUACGAAGAAAAGGUAGAUAUUGUCAUCAACGCCAUCGGCCACUUCAAUGCUUGGAAACUACCCGACUACGAAGGGAUCAAGGAUUUCAAAGGCCCGCUGUUCCACUCGUCAAAUUGGAAUAACAACGUCGACUUGCAAGGAAAGCGAAUCGCCCUGAUUGGCAAUGGUGCUUCAGGUUUACAGGUGCUUCCAUCCAUUCAGCCGAUCGCGAGUCACGUCGACCACUAUGCUCGCAAUCCCACCUGGGUUGCGGACUCUUUCAGCAGUGGAAACACCGGUGUGCGCCGACUGGAGCCGAAUCUCUUUACCGAGGCCCAACUGGAAUCCUUCAAGGAUCCUAAGAAAUAUCUCGAAUAUCGGACGCAAGUGGAGAGGGGCUUCUUCCAGCGCUUUGGAGCCAUCUUCAAAGGCACUGCACAGAAUCAAGAGCUGAAGGACAAAUGGACCGAGUUGAUGCUGAAGCGCAUAGCAGACAAGCCGGAACUAGCAGACCAGAUUCUCCCAGACUUCCCACCCAACUGUCGCCGCCCUACUCCAGGACCAGGCUAUCUCGAGGCACUCACCAAGGAUAACGUCAACUACAUCCGAACACGUAUCAAACGGUUUACAGAGGACGGGAUUAUCACGGAAGACGGCGUAGAACGAAAAGUUGACGUUACAAUCUGCUCAACUGGUGCAAACGUCGACCACGCCCCGCCCUUUUCCAUUGUCGCCAACGGCAUCGAUCUCAAAUCCGCCUGGAAAAAGGAUGGGCUUUUCGGAUUCCCAUACUCCUACCUUGGCUUUGCAACUCCAGGCUUCCCCAACCUACUCUGGCUUGGUGGGCCCUACUCCUCCGGGCACAGCGGCACAGUCCCCAACAGCGUCGAGAACCAGGUGACAUACAUCGCAAAGGUUGUCCGCAAAUUCCGCAGCCAGGGUAUCAAAUCUAUUGUACCGUCAAAGCAGGCCACAGAUGACUUUGUCGAAUACUGCGACUCUUUCUAUCCACGCACGGUGUGGACGGCCAAUUGUAGCUCGUGGUAUAAUGGUGGGCAACCUGGGGCGCGCAUUCACGGAUUAUUCCCCGGCAGUGCGGCUCAUGCAAAUUAUAUUCGUCGGGAUCCUCGGUGGGAGGAUUGGGAGUAUUCUUAUGUCAAUGGUGGUGGGAAUCGGUUUGCGUUCUUUGGGAAUGGAUGGACUUCGAGGGAACUUGAGCCGGAGAAUGCCAACUUGACGCCUCAUCUGAAACUGCCAGAGGAGAUUGAUUUGAGAUCGCAUUUGGAGGGAUGGUGGGAUGUUUGA